CCCUUGAUACUCACAGCUCAUACACUUAAAAGAGCUGCCCUCUCUCACAUCUCUCUGGAUUUGAGAGAGAGCAGCCAGAAGCUUCCACAAGCAAACUCUUCAGUUCCUGCAGAGGACCUAGUGCUAAAGCCUACAGCCAUGACCUGGAACCUAAAGGUGAAGAUGCUGGGGGGUGAUGAGUUCCUGGUGCCCCUGACUAACUCCACAACGUUGUUGGAACUGAAGAGGCAAAUUUUCCACAAGACUGGUGUGCCAGCUUUCCAGCAACGCCUGGUCCAUGAAAGUGGCACGAUGCUACAAGAGAACAUUACCCUCAUCAGCCAGGGUCUGGGCCCUGACAGCACAGUCAUGCUGAUCGUUCAGAAUUGCAACAACCCUCUAAGCAUCCUGGUGCGGAAUGACAGGGGCCGCAGCAGCAUCUAUGAGGUCCGGCUGACACAGACCGUAGCAGAGCUUAAGAGGCAGGUGUCCCAGGCGGAGCACGUACAGGAAGACCAAUUCUGGCUGAGCUUUGAGGGAAGGCCCAUGGAAAACCAACAGCCACUGGGGGAGUAUGACCUAAAGCCCCAGUGCACAGUGUUCAUGAAUUUGCGACUCCGGGGAGGGGGGAAGGGGAGUAUGCUAUGCCUGAGGCCUCUAUCCAAAGACAAUGUUGGUAAUAAAAGGUGAUACAAUGAA